UCCAUGGAAACUGAUUGGGUUUUUUUUUUUUUAAUAGCAAAUAAUUAAUUUUUCUGAUGAGGCUCCAAGAUUUGAUGAGGAUGGGGACGUGAAACUAUCAAUUAAUUUUAGUUGGCCUUAAAAUUAGAGUCAAAUAAUCCUGCUUGCACGAUGCACUUUCACUGGAUACAAAAACACCAUAAUAAAUAUGUGGUAGCUUGUAGGAUUAAAUAAUUUAAAUUUCUUUUUAAUGAAACUCUAUGACAUCCUAUUUGCUCGUCAAAAGAACGGUUAGAAUGGAUCACUGUACUUUGAUUUAUAUGUUUAAUAUUUCGGUCAUAUGUUUUCAGGAGUAGGCUUAUCGUGAACAAUAAACCGACUUUCUAACCUUGAUAAUUACCUGUACCGUAUCCGACUAAAAUAGUAAACAAAUACUACAUCAGUAAACAAAUGUGAGUAAUUCUCAAAUCAUUCAUCUAAAAAAUACGGUAUGUGUACAAAAUACUAGUAAUCGUAUGCGAAUAUUUUACGAAUUGUACGCUUAUCUGAAUAAUAAUAGGCUCAGUACCGUACCUCACUCUCACAACAUGUAGGCCUAAUGGAGUUAAGUAUUGAUUGUGGAGUACUGAUAAUUGAAACAAACAGGCAUCACGCUCCAUGGGAUAACUAAACCAGUCUGGGGACAACACUCAUUUUUCGACAUUAUUUUCAAAGAUUGCGGAUGGAAAUCAUGUGUAAAAUAGCAUGAAACGCCUGUCAAAUAUUUACAUUAAACCGACAGUCUGAUGCGAUGGUCUAAUUUAAAACUCUUACAGUGCUGUUAGUAUUACCGAAUUUUAGGCAAAUCGUACGACGGAAUUCACAAGAAAAUCACUCCUCAUUAGUUCUGGACAACAUAAAUCACAAACAUUUAAAACCCUACGAAAAACGAUUACAACUUCGAUCGUGUGAAAUAGUUUAUGUGUUGGUAAGGCCUAUGCCUACUUGUUUUCUUCCAAUUAUUAUAUAAUGGCGAACUGCCAGAAGCAACAGAAAUGCAACCGACGACCUUCAGAUUAUAAAUUCCAUAUCAUCCAACGACUGUCCUGACGUGAAAAACGAAACAACUGGUUUCCAGACGCGAGGUUUUAAUGUAUGUACAUAUAGCUUAUCCUGGACUGCAAACUCAAGCUCAAUAUCACAAAAGAGUUUUCCCUGCGAGUGACACGGUGGUUACUAAAAACCAAUAUGCAUACAUGAGUGCUUAUACAUACAUUAUCCCGAGAUUGGCGCUGAUUGCACAGAACUGAAGGGAAAUACAAAAACAGAACGUUUUAUAACGUGCUCUGAUAUGCAUGACGUCGUCUCUUUAGUCUUUUAGUCUGGUUUCCUAUUCAGGUUUUCACAAGGGAGUUUACAAUGGAGAACCGAAUUUGUAUGCGGUAUAAUAUUGAGAACGGUAUAUUCACGGAAGUAGCAACUGCGUUUAUACAAUACAGGUUCCACAAAGCUAUAGAACGCUGCAAACUGCUUCACUGUAAUUGAGUAUUUGUUAGAUUGAUAGCGAGCUGAUGCUGGACCAAUCAGACUCGCAGAUCGGCGGUUUCUGACAGACAGCCGAUUCUCAUCAUUUCGAAGCGUAAUGUGCUGUCGUUGUUCCGACUCACAACACCGCUGGUCAGCUUAUGAUCAAGAGUACGACCAUUCUCUCUCUACAAUAUGAAAUUGCUGUUUUUUCUGUCGGAUAAUACUUAGAAUUAUGAUCAGUUGGCGAUGAACCGGAUUUUAUAAGCCAAGCUAUUUUCAGCGUGUAUGAGACGUUUAGGUUUUACCAGCAUUGUUAAGUAUAUACAGGUCUUUAAUGCAUUGGAUAUAAGAAUUCGAAACCUGAAAACGUGUUGAUGUACUAUAGUACUUUAGGAUUAAACGUCUUGUUUUCAUUUAACUCGCCGUAUAUUUUUAUGACAACCGGUCAGUUAUGACCUGUAUUCGCCAGUGAACACGGGAAAAUUGGUACUGCUUUAUAUUUGUUGGCAACUUCUAUUGUACACGGCUUUUAUGUCUUUACAUAUAGGCAACGUGAACAGCGCUUUACGCCAAUCUGUUUCACUUGUUGACGGUCUUGGAGACCGCGCUUCUGCCUGAGAAAAAUUCCCAUAGAGCUGAAUGCGGUUUACUUCAACUCAUUGUAGUUAAUUCUUCGUUUAAAGUGUAAGGAUAUAAUCAUUACAUAGUCUGUUGGAGUGAGCCCAUAGGCCCUCAAGUCGUUCUUCUUAUCACUCUUUGUAUUCAGAGAGUUGUGUGAAAGUCUUGCAAUGAUGUGGACGUAGCACCUGUAGUGAUGGACACACGUUCAGUCCUUGAUGGCAGGGGUCUCUUCCUUGGGUCAAAUUCGCCUUUUCAACCACCUGCCCACGUGGCAGCAGCCCCACCAACCCAAGGAACUGGUAGUGGAGGCCUUCAUCACCUUGGUUCAAUGUGCCAAAUACCUAAUGUUGGUUCAUCACAUCGGUCUAGGCGAUCCCCACCUGUGGCACCAACGAUGACAUCGGUUUCAGGACAGACGUCAAGCUUACCUGCACAUUUUCAAGGCGCAGGAAAAUGUUUUCCUCCGCCACCGCAGUCUCUGCCCGGAGCAAGUUCAGGUGGCAGUUAUCCUUCGUGCCUUUCAAAUUUCCUACAACCAAGUAGGUCACCUGACGUGUUCAAGCAUCACCAAGGAGAAGUAGGACUAUCUUCCCAUUCCAUGCCUCUGGCAUCGCAUUACUGGCCUCAUACGUCAGAAGGCUUGCACCCAUUUCCACCACCUUUUUACCAUCCAUACCUACCAUUAACGCCGCUUCACCCGUCAGCUCCGGACGCCCUAACUUCACUCGCACAUGUUGUUACUCCAAGAAUUGCUGAUACGACCCUUCCGUCCCUAAUUCGACCACCGUCACAUGGAGACCUCCUGCCAUUUUACCACCACGGCGACAGUUUAAAUACAGCCAACGUUGAACGUUACAAAGAAAUUACGAAAGGACAGACCAGUAAGACUGAACACAAAAGUAGGAAAACAAAUGAAGGAAAUAAAAAAAGAAGUGAUAAAGCUGAUCAUGAUAAACAACGUAAAGAUGAUUUAAGAGACAAUGCCGUCAAAGGCCAAAGUAAACAAAAACUAACAUCAAAUAAUGAAAAAACUAACAUACCGUCAGAACCAAGUCAACCAACAGAAAUGCAGCUGAAAGAGGAACAUAAAUCAAGUGUAGCACAGGUUCCGAAGGAAAUUAAGAACCAAAGUUCAGAGAAUAUAAGUAAAGCCAAAGAUUUUUGUGAAAAGAUUAGUACACCGGAACAGAUACAGAACAAAAGUCAGGGAAAGUUAGAAACUUUUCAUAACGAACUAAUUAAAGAUGUAGAAACGACCGAAGGUAAAGGUGGACAAGAACCAAUAGACCAUAAGAAAAUAAGUGCCAAAGAAUGUAUUCUAAAGAAAGAUAAAAUUUCGGAAAACGUCUCCGAGAAGUUAGCGCUAACAAAUACAAUCUCAAGAGUUGUAGAAAAUCUGAAUGUGGAAGCUACAUCGAAGACUAUUCAUCCAGGACACAGUGAACACAAGGAUGUUGUUUUAACAGAUUCCGUUGAGCUUCCAAAAAACGAACAGUCACAAAUAAAGACCUCGUCAUUUUCACCAACACAGCCGACGCCCUCGCAACAAGUAGUGACGGAGCCAGUGAAGUUAACAGUUGCACCAGUAUUACCAACGUCAAAAUGUUCUUCUACUACAAUGUGUCCGUUAUCUACACCUCCUAAAACAUUGUUGAAUGUUGGGACAAAAUCAGAACUUGAAGCCAUUGAACUCGUUUCUAAAAAUCCUGUAAAACUAGGUAGUACGAAGACAUCGCCUGCACAGUUAAUGUCAGGAUCUCCUCCUGUAAAUCCCUCAUCAACUUCAAAUAGUCCUUCAAAUGUCUGUCACACAUCUUCUUCAAGAUAUACAGUCUCUUCGGGUCAGAACAAAUUCUCUACAGUUAAUCAGCCCACAUCAUCUUCCCUCACUAGUCUUCCUCUCUACGUUAACGGUACAGGUUGCAUGACUGUUCAACGCGAGUCCCACCACGGAGUGGUCAGGGAUGGCACAAAGGUACAUGCUACAACUUUCGUUCCUGCAAUGGGUGACUACAUUCCAACAUUCGGUUCCGGAUCGGCUCACCGAGAAGGCAAGCCAAAGUCAAGUUCUGUUGUUCCUGGAGUUGAUCACACAAAAGUUACUAUCAAAAAAGAGAAAGGAAACUCCUUCAAGAUGUCAUCGACUUCAAUUGAAACCAAAGAUAUUUGUAAUUUAGCUGAUGAGCGUGGUAAAGGUGAUAGUUUCAGUUUGAAAAACGACUCAAAUUCACACGUAUUGACAAAACAAUUAGAGAUCGAUCCCAAGAUGAGUUAUCAGUCAACGGAUUCGAUAAAAGUAGAACAAUUUAGGUCACAGGAUAAUGUUAUGAAUGUGGGUAGAGAUGGAGUGAUAUCUGUACAAAAACAGACUGAAAAAUUUAACAAGAUUGAAGUGCCAAAAACUAUGGAGGAAGCGAAACACUCGCCAAAGGACCAACAUAUAAAAACUUCCAAAACCAUCACCAGUAGGACUCACCAUCGUUCUGGAGAAGAUAACUCCAACAAACAUGCUAAAAAUAUCACCGAAAACUACCCGAGUAGAAAACAAGAUUUUGCUGGUGUUAAGACUGGACCAAAAGCCUUAGAAUCUACUCAGCAGGGCAGAUCUACACCAAGUGGCAAAGCACCACCGCCAGUUGGCAUUGCUGUCGCCCAGAAGAGACAUGGCAGAGAUGCUGGAAUGGGCCCUUCAAGAUCACGGGGGAAGUAUAGUUUACAGUCUGGAUCUAGACCUGCAAGUGGGGACGCAAAUUGUGAAGGCACUCGUGGGAAGUUUGAUAUUGCUGACGGUUCCAGACCACCUUCAAACAAUCGACUUGGAUCAAAUCUGAUAGUUACAGGAGGCGAAGAUUAUCGACGUAGUUCGUUGCUGAAGUCCGAGUCUUCAACGCCUGCAAUAACUCAUGACCCCCAUUGGUACACACGAAUGGCAGCUACUCGUCCUACCUACCUGCCUGGUGGUGCUUACGGACUUUCAUCAACGCACCCGGCAACAUACAACCCAGCUGUUGGAGAUUCGGCACAAGGUCAACUUCCUCUGCCUCCUCCUGGUUGGCAGCUAGCUAAAGAUCCGGCAACCGGUCAGUUACUUUGGAUACCAACAAUUGAUGCUGGAGGAUUUCCAUAUUUUGUUCCUCCUCAUCUUCAACACCCAAGCCACCAACUCUUGAUGAGUCAACAUAUGUACGGCAUAAACACCCCCGAACGACAAGAACAAGCUAGUCAGGAAUACCAAGCAGCCGUACAACAGCAACAACAAGCCUAUGCAGAGUAUGCCAGACAGUUUCACGAAAGACAAGAACAGCACAAACGUGAAUUAUCAAGGCCUAGAUCGGCCCUCGAUUAUGUUCAGAAUCAAGAAAAAGCUGCUGAAGUUACUCAUUGUCAUCCCUAUUUACCAGGCAUUGGGCACUUAGGCUUGCCAGCUGUGUACCCAGGGCAUGGAGGUAUACAGUAUGUGUUUGAUCCAGCAACAAGGGCUUUUAUUCCUGUUCAAUCACCUUCAAUUUCUAUUGAUGAAAAACAUCGUCCAAAGCCUCCUUCCUCUCGGGGCUCAAGUGCGUCUGAACUACAUUCUCCAAAGUCAACGUCCCAUUCUGCAAAAUCCGAACCCAAGGACAAGCAAUGCCGAGAAAAUGCAACUGUUGUCAAGAGCAUUAGUGUCCAGACAUUUACGGAGCAUGUUGCCAAAGACUUAAAGACUGAUGAAUUGAACAAAGAAAAGUUAGACGGACAUUGCGAGAGUUCUGACAAUGAAAUUAUCGAUGUUGGUGGAACACAAACAAUCCAACCACUGAGCCCACUCAAAAUUAACACAUCUCCGCCUGAAUCUACCCCAGUGACUACUGGAACUCCUAUACAAUCUGGGGAAGCUUUAGAUCUAAGUAUGAAAACAGAUAGCCAAGGGGAUCCAUUAGCUUUUUCAAUACAGAAAUCAACGGAAAACCUCUGUGAAAGUGUACCAGAACAUGAAAGUAUAUCAAAUGUAUCUGUACAAGAGUCAAACAUCAAUGAUAUUGAUAGAUCUGAGGAUGUUACUUGUGCUAUGCAGGCCCUUCUUAACCUUACUGCAUCGGUUCCUGUUGUUGAGACUGCCAAACCAGCCCAAUUAGAUGCGCCUGAUGUCGUCGACAUCAGUCAGCUUGCGUCGCUUAAUGGGAUUGCUCUGUUAAGUGCUGUGGCUCAACAGAAACCCUUCUGUGAAUACUCAUUCUCUGAAAGCUCAGAAUUGAAAGAUGUAAAGGAAGAAGAACCAAUCGAAAAGCUUACAGGCAACACAGUCAGCUCAGCUGAUUCACAGUCUGCCAGUGAACUGCUCUACAAACAGCGUCUUGCAAAGAUGAAGAAAGAUGAAGAAAAAACAUUAGGCAGCGACGACGUCAAGAUGGGUAGUGACAUGAUGAAUCCAAAUGAGCUAGAGAUGAGAAUGAAAAUGGCAGAAAUCCAACGAAAGUAUAAAGAACGUAAGAGGGAAUUGGACAGACUGCAAAGGAGAAAGUUAAAAAAAAUUCAGAAAGUGGACAGCAAGAAGAGUCCAGGACGUCCCAGGAAACGACGGUCGAGCUCCAAACAUGCAGCGAAGACAGUUGCAAUACCGAAUUAUAGGGCAAGUCGUCCUGAUUCCACCGGCAUACUACUGUCGGCAGCUGAAAAGGUGGAUAGUUUACCGCAAUUACAUUUCCAUGCUGAGAAAAUUGUUCCCAGUAAAACUUUAACUGAAAAUAAAAAGAAAAAUACUACGAAAAAGUUGCAAGAAAAAUUACUUAUGACUGCUGUUAUGAAAAAAAAUAACAAGUCUUCAGUAAAAGCUAAAAGUAAAGAAGGUCAAACAUUGACGAAUGCAACGAAUGUUGACAAACCAAAAAAGAAAAAGAAAAAGAAAAUGCAACCAGGUGAUUCCCCCAAAAAAGCAAAACCCCCAACUUCAAAAACAUUGUCCAAGAAAACUAACCCAAGCAACCUACUAAGUCCGUCGAAUGAAGAACCCAAGCCACUACCAAUGCCAGGAGAAGACACAGGUAAACAACUAGUGUUAGACGCCGCAAUCAAGAGAGUCAUACAGAAAUCGUCAAGCAAGCAUGUUGGUCCAAAGGCAAAAAUCUCUGUCCCAGUUAAAAAACCAGAAGUGCGUUAUUCACAAGUGUAUGGGGACAGCGACUCAGAUGAUUCUCAGGAAGAGAGCUUACCUCUCGGGCAAUUGAGUUUCUUUCCAAGAACUAAGAAAACACUCAGAAUGGAAAAAGUAUCGACAGAGAAAGGAAAGUCACCAAAAAAGAAGAAACGCUCCCAUUCAGAUGAUUCCAAGGGUACCGAGAGAAGCGAUUGCGAUAUGAGACAUCUCUCAGAAUGCGAAGGUGAUGACGAUGUUUUCAUCAAAGAAAAAUCACCUGUAAAAGCAGAGAAAAGAAAAAUAAAAUCUGAUGAGAAAACUUUUAAAAAGAAGAAAAACAAGGAACUUAAAAAAAUGAAAAAGGAGGAAUUGAAAGAAAAGCUCAAGUUCUUCAGUAAGAAAUCUGAUCGCAGAGAAUCAGAUGGAAGUAAAAGCCCCGGAGAUGGCAGCAAAUCAAAAUCGAAGAAGAAAAAUAAAAAAUUUAAACUGAAGAAACAGAUUUCAAAGGAAAACCGAAAGGAAGAGUCCAGAAAACGAAAUAAAACGAAAAAGAAGCAGAAAUGUGAACCACAUGAUAUAACUGAGGGUGCGCAAUCUCUAUUUGUUACCCCGUUUGUCGAUAGUAGUGACACGGUAGAUUCCGUUACUGACGGAGAAAAUCUAGACAUGCAGAUCUUUCCCGAGGUCAUAGCUAGUGAUAGUGACGACAACUUUUCUGACAGCAGUACGGAGGAUCCAGAAAUGAAACUCAUGCUAGCCCAAAGUAAACGUAGACACUACAGUGUUCAAACCUCGUCAAAGAAGAACGACGGCUAUCAACGACAGUUGUGGCAGUGGUCAGGGAAGAGCACGCAGCGCAGGGGUAUUAAGGGAAAAGCCAAGAAAUUGUUCUACAAAGCAAUUUCACGAGGAGAAGAGAUUGUAAGGGUUGGAGAGUGCGCAGUUUUUCUUUCAACUGGACGCGCUCAUCUGCCCUAUAUCGGCCGAAUCGAAAGCAUAUGGGAAUCGUGGGGAGGAAAUAUGGUAGUUCGCGUGAAAUGGUUCUAUCAUCCUGAAGAAACUAAAGGAGGACGCCGACCCCAUGAUGGCAAGAUGGCGCUGUAUUUGUCUCCGCAUGUUGACGAGAACGAUGUGCAGACGAUCUCACACAAAUGCGAGGUGCUGUCGGUGGACGAAUACAACCAAAGAACCAAGAAGAUCAGCGGGAAGUGUAAAGAAGAUAUGUAUUACUUAGCUGGAACGUACGACCCAACUAAUGGCCAUUUGGUUCCAGUAUCACAGAUGGAGAACUUUAAAUAAACAAAUCUUGAGUUAGCAAAUUGUAAACCGAGUUUUUUUUUCACAUUGAUAGGCUCUACUUGUUAAUGCAUUGUACCACAGUCCCUAUAUAUGGUCUGUGAUUGUACGAACGCAACAUAAAGACUGGAAAUGUGAUAUAAAGCAGAAAUUAGAGAUAUGAAAACGUGCGAAGAUGUAUUUUUGUGUGUUUAGUGUUACGAUAUGUGACAAAGAAGUAGAGAGCCGUUACUGUUAAUGGUGAUAUUAUGCAAUGGGGACUGACAAUAUGCGAUGAGAUGUUGUACGUAUUAACUGAACCAUGGUCUAAUGUAGUUUAAGAUUGUUAAAUUAAGUAAUUACCAAUUAUCACAUUAUAAACUAAGAAAUAUAUCAUAGGAUUGUAUAUAAUAUAUAAUUAUAUACAUAUAUAUAUAUAUGUAUAUACACACAUAUAUAUAUAUAUAUGUAUAUAUAUAUAUAUAUAUAUAUAUAUAUAUAUAUAUGCGUAAUUAUAUAUGGUGUAUACUACUUAAUGUGUAUAUAUUAUAUAUGGUACUUUAUUCUUUAAUAUCAUUAUUAUGCACAACGAAACAAAUCCGUGUAUAGCCAAGGUCCAUAAAAUUUCUAUCAGAUGAUAUGGCGAUAGUUCGUGUGAUUAAAGAAUAUGUUAGUAAUAUUUUUGUUUCCAUUACAUCGAGAAAAUAAGUGCAUUGCUUGUCUAUAUAUAUAUUCAUGUCGUAGGCCUAUUAGUUUUAUUUGUAUUUUUAUUUGUUUAAAGUAUAUAUUUUUUUUACUGUUUUAGGUUCUGCGUAUUGUUGUUAUCAACUUUGAGAUAAAUGUGAAAAAAAACUGUCCAGAAUGCACUGGGUGGUUAUUAUAUAACUUUUUUUUCUUCUAAUGCUUUAAACUUAUGAUAAUCAAUUAACAAUUAAUUAAUGUUUAAUUUUUAAAAUAAUUACACUACUAGCGGUGUCUUUUCAUGUUAUCCAUGAAGUACUUUUUGAUUUUAGCAUGUUUACCAAAUCUGCUUUAUCAUUCCACAAAAGAAACAAACACUUCAAAUGCUAAUUUCUCCGUCAUUGUAUUUUAGACGAAAAAAAUUAGAUAGUCGCACCGUUGUUUUAAACCUCAAUAUUAUGACACACCCAUUUUUAAAUUUGGAAUUCAGUGUUUCAAUGAAACUGAACGUAUUUUCUUCUCUCAAAGAGGCGAGGGAUGUACUAGUAUUAGACACAGAAAGUAAUGUGCUUUUGUUAAUUUUAUAUUUUUACAGUAGAUGUUUUACGAAGUGUAUAAUUUUGUUGUGGAACUAUACAAAAUAUAAGUCUAUUGAAUAGGAUAUUAUUAUUUAAUUAUUACGUUUUAUUUUCCUUUUUGAUACAAAAUUCCCUUGAGUAAAUUGGUAACGGUAUUCAUCCUGACCAGUGUCUUAAUCUUCAUACUCCUUGUAAAUUUCCCGAAUUUUUCCGUAGGGUGUAUAAAAUAUAUGUAUAUAGUUGUAAGGAAAUAUAAAGAUUAUUAAAGAGAAUUAUGGAACGUUGCUGUUUCAUUUUGCUAACUGUUACUGGUUUGAACCUUGUCACCAAACGGUGGCUAUUUUAAUAUGUUUGUCAGUCUGCACUACUAGACCAAACCUUGAUUACGUCAUCAUUGUUUUUACGCACAGUGCAUAAGCCAACACUUUUUAGUGCAUUAAUACCUACCGAAGAAAAUCGUCGGGGCUCGCAAAAAUCCCGAUGAUGUCAUCAAUUAGUCAUUAGUCUGUUAUCUAACCGGUAAAUGCAGUUUAUCGCAAAAUAAUGAGAAAACGUUUUUGUGACAUUUAAAACGUUUAUUUGAACCUUUUUUGUUUUAUUGUAAAUCUUUAUUUAUUUUUUGGAUCGUGGGAUAAACAAAGAAUCGUAAUGUCAAGGUUUGAAGGAAGAUAUGUGUUGUAUUCAAAGUACAUCCAUAAAGGCCAACUCAGACAGCGUCGGCCGACGCAGCCUGACGCGUUUUGUUGUCGCGUCGGGUCUGUGUGUGUUGAACGCAGACGCGAUGGUGUGCGUCGGGGGCAGUCGCGUAGUAGAAUAUUAAACGUGUUUAAUAUUUCCAAGAUAUUUCUCACGACGGCUUAAGACUGUCCACGACGAUAAAUCGGGUCGGGCUGCGUCGGCCGACGCUGUCUGAGUUGUCCUUAAGAUAGACGUUGAAAAUAAGGACAUGGAUGAGAAACAGAGUAUUUUAUAAGUGAAGAAUUUAAUACGCAUUGAUAUAAUUAUAGUUUGUACAUUGUAAAGAGAUUGUUUUUAAGUUCAUGAGAACACAGUAUUCGUUGUUUGUUGUAAAUAAAAUGCUAUUUUGAAAUCUG